UACCAUAACCUUUAGUUUUAGCUUUAGCAUAGCUUAGAUUUUGAGGUUUUGUAGCGAAAAUCACGUGACUGGAAUUUUAACUAUAGAUCUAACCUUACAAAGAUGGGAGUAUAACUAAUAGAUCUUCUCUUAAUAAGACGAUAAUGAUACGAGGUAAUUGGAGUUUAGCAGCCGAGUUGAAGCAAAAUGAGAGGAAACAGCAACAAAAGCUUCAACAGAGACAAAAAGAUGAUUUACGAACCAGUCGACUUCGUGAUGCUAAUCCCAUAAAGAUAUAUCAUCAAAUACAAAGAUUGGAAAGUCUAACUAAUAUUUCAGACAAGGAUAAGAAUCACUUAGUACGACUAAAGGAAGAUUGGGACUAUAUAAUUAAGAAGAAACUUCAUUAUGAGAAAGUGAGUGAAUUUUUAGCUCAAGUAGAAGAAAAUGAAAAGAAGAAGAAGAUAAAUGAGAGUAAAUUAUGGGGUCAAGAAUCUAUAUAUUUUAAUCCCGAAUUAAAUCCAUUGGGUAAAGUACCGAAUUUAGAAGGGACUGACCAAUUACCUAAUUUGGUUAAGCCAUUAAAAGGGAAAUAUUAUAGUAAACCAAAAAGAGAUCCAAUAAUAGAUACACUUAAAGUGGUACUACCAGAUGGUGAGCCACCGCGAUUUUAUAAGCUUGUUCAAAAUACCAGUAAGAAUAAGAAACUAUCACCAAAUUCUGGUGCGCAAGUCAGACAAAUAGAGGGAAAUGUUGAAGAUGAUCAAGAUAGUGAGUAUGAGCAAGAGGGUGAACUUGCACCUGAAGAAGAAGAGUAUGCAAAAAGAAAACAUUAUAAUAAUGAUUAUGUAUAAGUGUAUAAGUAUAUAAAUGUAUAUAAUAUUUACAAGCUGAUGAGUAUGUACAAGAUAUUUUAAUAGAGUUACAUUGUAUAGAAGAACCCAAACCAUUAACCACUUGACGACAAGAUAAAAAAAAACUGAACUCCCGGUAUUAAAAGAAUAAAAAAGACGAAUUAAGAAAAUGAUAG